AUGGCGGGUGGUUUUCCCGCGCCGGCGGUGUACCGAGGCGAGCGCUGCUCCCGUAGAGAGGCGUGGAAUUAUUUCGGGGCCGGCGCUGCGAGCCGGAGGUGGCCGGACGUUGACUCCGACCAUAGCGUUAGGAGAAGCGCGAACGUUGACCGGCCCAAGGCGGAUUUGACCGGAUUCAACCGGACGGCUGGUACAGUCAGCAACGAGCAGCAGUACAGUCAGCACAGUAAU